GGCGGGGAGCGAAGAUGGCGGCGCCGGCCGGGGCCGUCACCGGGGAGACGCGGCCGCCCCGCCGCCCGCAGCCCUGAGGGCCUGGCCCGGCCCGGCCCGGCCCCGCCGGCAGCAGUGGAGUGGGAUGCCAUGGCCAGCUCCUCGGACAGUGAGGACGAUGGGUUCAUGGCCGUGGACGCCGAGGACGCCGCGGCCGAGGGGACGAUGGAGCAGGAGGAGGAGCCCCAGGCCGAGCUGGAGCUGGAGGAGAGCAGGCACAGCAGAUCCAUGCUGGAGCUGCCGGAGGAGGUGCUGGAAUACAUCCUGUCCUUCCUGUCUCCCUACCAGGAGCACAAAACCGCCGCCCUGGUGUGCAAGCAGUGGUACCGGCUGAUCAAAGGUGUGGCCCAUCAGUGUUACCACGGGUUCAUCAAGGCAGUGCAAGAAGGGAACAUCCAGUGGGAGAGUCGCACUUAUCCCUAUCCCGGCACCCCCAUCACCCAGCGCUUCUCACACA